CUCCUCCAAGACCUUUCUUUCCCCCUGUAGCAGCUGCCAUUUGAUCCCAUGCUUUGGCUUUGAAUGGAGCGCCCUGAGAGAGGCAGAUGUUGUGAACAAAGGUCUUAAAAUAAUCUGUCCAGUGAUCAUUCAAGGGGAAAAUGUGCCUCGUGGGAACAGGAGAUGGGAGAACCUGAUCUAUCUUUGAAUAAGAAAGUUCAACAGCAGCUCCUCGCUCCUGAUUCUGGGUUCCCAAACUUUUUGUUUGUUUGUUUGUUUUGCCUCCCAAAAGCUGCCCAGCAAAGAGCCGGUUGCUUCAGCAGUCAGUUCUCUCCCUCCCUCUGAUUCGUCUGGCUCCUUGAAAGCUGGGAUCCGUAUUUUUUUAUUUCUCAUCAGGAACAUGGACUCCAGCAGCAAUCGCCUGGUGCCCAAGCUGCAUUUCUACAAAAAGAUCUUUGCUGCAGCCUUGUGUGUCUCAAUCUUACUCCCAGAAUCGGGCUUUGCAAAGAAUCUCUGGAAACGUGCUCUCCAUCUGAAACUGGCAGAGAAGUCUGAUGAUUAUGAGUACCCUCUUCAUUCUCACAGUGCCCACCACCAGAAGAAUGACCGCUGCCCCCCGCCCCCGCAGACUUUACCAGAGCGAGCAUGUGAGGUGUCCAGCUGCCGUUCAGAUUCCGAAUGUGAAAGACACAAGCGUUGUUGUUACAAUGGGUGCAUCUAUGCCUGCUUAGAAUCAGUGCAGCCACCUCCAGUUUUAGACUGGUUGGUACAGCCAAAACCACGUUGGCUUGGAGGAAACGGUUGGUUGUUAGACGGACCAGAGGAAGUUUUACAAGCGGAGGCCUGCAGCACCACUGAGGAUGGGGAUGAGCCUCUGCAUUGCCCUACGGGAUAUGAAUGCCACAUCAUCAGUCCUGGCAACACAGCCGAAGGAAUCCCCAACAGGGGUCAGUGCAUCAAGCUACGUGGAAAUCCCGAUGGACACAACCUAAGACAUAAAUAUUACAAGGAGUAUUUUGGGAGUAAUUCCAAUAAUGUACUUGGCUAUGUGAAACAGCAGCAGAAGCAGUUAGGUUAACUUGGAAUCGGAUGCGGCUGCGUUAAAACAGGGACAAAAAGAAACAGUAAACUUUUCAUUAGGCCUAAGUGAGACCAAUUGCUGAGGUUACAUGGUUGGGUAAGAAUAUGUUCUAUGCAAACACCACAGCGAUGAUAAACAUUUAAAUUCCUUUUUU